AUGGCAAAAGCCUUAGCUUUCCAAGGGCCAGAAACACAUCAUCGGCUAUGCAUUUGGCACAUAUACCAAAAUGCAGCUACGCAUCUUAGUAGUGUGUUUGAGAAGUUUAAGGAUUUUGCUGGAGACUUUAGCAGUAUCAUUUAUGAUUAUGAAGAUAUCGAAGACUUCUUAAUUGCUUGGAAGAAAUUGCUUGAAAAGUACAAUAUGCAAGAAAAUAAAUGCUUGAAGUUAUUUAGUGACAUUGGAACGAUUCGCAUAUAUGAAGUUACUGCUCAUGGAAAGCGUUUUCACCAUGUUGUAACAUUUGACUCGGGCGAUAAUACUAUUUCAUGCAGUUGUAAGAAAUUUGAGUUUGCUGGAAUUUUAUGUUCACAUGCUUUGAAGGUCUUGUCGGAAAAUAAUGUCAAGACCAUUCCUAGUCAGUACAUCUCAAAGAGAUGGAGAAAGGGUUUCAAAGGUGAAAGAGCAAAGGUGUCUCCAAAUGCAAAUGAUGAUGAUCAAGAGGCAAAAAUUGCGAGGCGUUACAGAGAAUUGGCUUGA